AUGAAGUUUAUGAAACUUGGAUCUCGGCCAGAUACUUUCUACACUACUGAGGCCGUAAGGUCAGUCUCCUCUGAAGUUUCAAGUGAUCUUAUAAUUCAAGUGAAGGGAAGCAGAUAUUUGCUUCACAAGUUUCCUCUUUUGUCCAAGUGUUUGCGGCUGCAGAGGCUGUGCUCUGAAUAUCAAGAAGCUUCACAACACCAAAUAAUCCAGCUCCAUGAUUUUCCCAGUGGGGUUGAGGCAUUUGAGCUCUGUGCAAAAUUCUGCUAUGGCAUCACAAUCACCCUCAGUGCCUACAACAUUGUAGCUUCUCGAUGCGCCGCGGAGUACUUACAGAUGACUGAGGAUGUUGAGAAGGGCAACCUUAUUUAUAAGCUUGAGGUUUUCUUCAACUCUUGCAUCCUCCAAGGGUGGAGAGACUCAAUUGCCACUCUACAAAGCACAAAGGCUUUUCCUUUGUGGUCAGAGGACCUUGGAAUCACAAGAAGAUGCAUUGAGGCAAUUGCUUCCAAAGUCCUAACACACCCUUCAAAGGUUAGCUUGUCACAUAGUUACUCCAGGAGGGGUAGAGAUGACAUGUCCUGCAAUGGUGCAGAGAGCCAGAGGCAUAAUAAGCCUGCAAACAGAGGAUGGUGGGCUGAAGACAUAGCAGAAUUGGGCAUAGACCUCUAUUGGAGAACCAUGAUAGCUAUUAAAUCUGGUGGGAAAAUGCCGUCUCAUCUGAUUGGAGAUGCAUUGAAAAUCUAUGCAGCUAAAUGGUUGCCCAACAUAUCAAAAAAUGGAUGUGACCAUAAACAAGCAGCAUCUGAUUCAGAUUCAGACUCUGCCAAUGAUUUAACUUCAAAGCAUAGGUUGAUCUUGGAAUCAAUUGUAAGCUUAGUUCCAGCGGAGAAAGGUGCUGCAUCUACUAGUUUUCUGCUUAAACUCUUGAAGGCAGCCAAUAUUCUUAAUGCUUCUUCCUCUUCAAAAAUGGAAUUGGCUAGAAGAGUUGGACUUCAAUUAGAGGAUGCAACCGUCAGUGACUUGAUAAUACCCUCUGUGUCAUAUGAAACCGACACUCGAUAUGAUGUAGACAUAGUUAUGACCAUUUUGGAGCAGUUCUUGUUGCAGGGGCAGAGCCCCCCAACUAGCCCUCCAAGGUCCAAGCUUGGUUUUGAAAGGAGAAGGUCUCGGUCAGCAGAGAACAUUGAUUUUGAGUUUCAGGAGAGUCGAAGAUCAUCUUCAGCAGCACAUAGCUCAAAGCUGAAGGUGGCAAAGCUUAUGGAUGUGUAUCUUCAGGAAAUUGGCAGGGAUGUCAAUUUGUCUCUGUCAAAGUUCAUUGCAAUUGCUGAGGCAAUACCAGAGUUUGCAAGGCUUGACCACGAUGAUCUCUACAGGGCAAUUGACAUUUAUCUCAAGGCACAUCCAGACCUCAACAAGAGUGAAAGGAAAAGGCUGUGUCGAAUUCUAGACUGCAAAAAGCUCUCAAUGGAGGCCUGCAUGCAUGCUGCACAAAAUGAGCUACUCCCACUAAGGGUAGUGGUCCAAGUUCUUUUCUUUGAGCAAGCUCGAGCUGCCAUGGCUGGUGGCAAAGUGACCGAGCUGCCUAGCAACAUAAGGGCACUUCUAGCCACACAUAACAUUGACCCAUCAAGGCCUCCAGCCCCUUUAAGCACCUCUAGUAUUAUGCCAGCAGAUGACCAAUGGAGUGUCUCAGGCCUCAAGUCUCCCAGGUCCAAGAUGUCUACUUUACGAAUGAAGCUCGCCGAAGACGAUGAUUUGGAUGAAAAUGAUUUGAACCCAGAUGGAAUUGGGAGAAGUUCAAAGCUCAAAGCUCUUUGCUUGCUUCCUGCAAGACCCAAAAGAAUGUUCAGUAAGUUGUGGUCCACCAACAGAAGUACAACCAGUGAAAAGAAUUGA